CAGGUGAAAAACUUUCUCCCCUCUUUGCGACGACGACGAAAAUUUGAUCCGAGAAGAGAAGAUGAAACUGGAACACCUGGCCAUCGUUUUGGUGGCUUUUUACCUGCAAUGCUGCGUUCUCGGAAGGGAAUAAUAACCUGAAGUUGAAGGUCAACCCUAAAUGUAAUCUCAAGUAGUGCACCCAUCACACGCAAGCAGCUCAACAACCUCGGAGAUCAUCCGCUCAUUCGUCUGUCACGAGCUAAAUCUACCACAUCAACAAAGCUGAUAAGAAAGCCAGCUGACAAGCAGAAGGAGCUCAUCAAACUGGGAACACAAAAAAACUCAACGAAAAUUAUACUUGAACUUCACGUCUGUGUUUGGGAAAUGCCUUUUUGCUGGUACAUUUGUGCUGUCUUGAUCCUGACAUUCACGUGGAUAUUAAUGAAUUCGUCCGAGGAGCUGUACUCGGUGGAGUCUUCUUCAUCCGAGGAAGAGCUGGAGAACGAAGCCGUUCUCGAGGAGGACCCCCACUUUGAUCUGCUGAUCUUCACCCAGCGAUGGCCCAUCACGGCGUGCUACGAGUGGCGCGAAAAGAGUGCCAGCAACGUGUGCGGACUGCCCUCGCCCAGGAACAUCUGGACCAUUCACGGCAUUUGGCCAACCAAGCUUAACACGAUUGGGCCUAGCUUCUGCAACAAGACGGCGAUCUUCAACGUGACCGAGCUGGCCCCGAUCGAGCCCCAGCUGGAGCAGUUCUGGACAAACGUCGAGAAGAACAAGCCGUACGAUUCGCUGUGGCGGCACGAGUGGCUCAAGCACGGAACCUGUGCAGCGGCAGUGCUGACUCAGCUCAACUCGGAGAACAAAUACUUUGGCCAGGGCCUCUCCUGGCUGCAGCAGCACUCGAUGGCCGAUGUGCUCAACGAGGGAAGCGUUACGCCCGGCGCUAACUACACGCUGGCCAACAUUCACGAAGUCCUUACCAAUCGCUUCCAGAAGAACGUCGCCAUCGAGUGUUUCUACGACCGGGAAACGAAGCAACAAUUUAUUAACGAGAUUCGCGUGUGCUUCAACAAGGACCUGGAACUGGCGGACUGCGACGGAAUCCUGUUUGAGGAAGUGGCGCUGAACUCGCCAACCCUCGGGAAAAUCAUCUCCAACUGCAACGUCAACAAACCGAUCUUCUACCCGGCAACCGUGCCACCAUCGCGCUUCGACAAGACCCACCUGUCGCCGUUCGACCUGCACCGAAAGUUUCUCGACGAGUACAAAAGCCGCAAGGCGAAGGAGAGCCGAACGAUGAAGCUGCUGGUGAACAUCUACAAGCUGAUCCAACUGCUAAAGUGGACAACCAUUUGAGCGAUUUCGUCCGAUUUAGUUGAUUUAAUUUCAGCAUGGUUUUAACUAAUUUUACAUUAUUCAUUGAGAUUUUCAACAUUUUACUUAAUCCCAUCCAAAAGCGAUACCUUCAUACGUCAAAAUGCAACUUUAGGACUUUACCAAAAAAAAAACAAGAAAUUAAGUCACGCUAGCUUUGAAAUUGUGAGCCAGCCUGUGUAAAUAUUUAACAAAAAAAAAUGAUUAUUUUACUAUUCUUUAGCGCGAUUGGUAUUUAAUCGAAGGCUAAACGACCUGAUUCCCAAUAGUGAUAGAAGGAAAAAACCAAUACAGCAAUUAAACUAAUCAAUUAAGCAGAAACCGAGAACCGGAGAAAAGGCGCUGCAUUUUUUUUCGAAAUAAAAUAAAAAUAAACCAAAACAAAUAAACUUUCAGAA